AUAUUAGCUGCCGUUGGCCGCCAAUCAGCACUUCCCUCGCUCGCUCCUUUCCGGCACCGUCAGUCCGGCGGGGCGGCGGGAGGUUUGCGCUUGCGCGGUUCCGCCGGUUUCCCCUCUCCUGCGUGCUGCCGGGCUUGGCGCUGAGGGGGCGGCUGGGGAACACAUACGUACGCCCUCCCGUGCUCGCGACAGCUCGCCCCCACACGCGCGUCCCGUCGGCCCGAGGAGAUGCUGCGGGUCUAUCAGCUAACGGGCGUGAGCGCCGCCGCCCAGAAUUGCUUCUGUGGAAAAUUUAUACUCCGUCCCUUGAGACCAUGCCGUAGAUAUUCUACAACAAGAAACUCUGGGCUUUCUGCAGGCAAAAUUGCUGGAGCAGGCCUCUUGUUUAUUGGUGGUGGUGUUGGUGGAACUAUUCUCUAUGCUAAAUGGGACCAAAGUUUCCGAGACAGUAUAGAAAAGACUGUACCUUUUUCUGAGAAAGUCUUUGAGAUGGUCCUUGGUUCUUCUCAGAAACCACCAUUGCUAAAGAAGCCGAUUGAACCUGGUCCACUAAAAAUUUCUAGUGUGUCAGAAGUAAAGAAAGAGUCUAUACCUUCCUCAAAACUCCAGAAACAUAAGAGAGACACUCCAAGUUCUUCAGCUUCAGCACCUACAGAGGCAGCUCAAAUUAUUUCUGCACCAGGUGAUGUUCUCUCUGUCCCAGCUCCCGCUGUUCAGCAAGAAGAUUUCAUCCAAAUAUCUCAGCUUGAACAAAUCAAAGGAAUAUCCAAGCCUCAUCCUACAGAGGUGGAUUAUAAGAUUGGAUCUUCGUCUUCUGUAAAAGAGAGGCUCUCAACAGAGGUUUCGACUUUCCAGGCCCCACAGGAUACAGACAAGCAAGAACAAAAGAUCCGAUCUCUGGCCAAGAGCUUGGAAGAUUCUCUAAGCCGCACUGCCAAGAUUACUUCGCAGGCCAUUGCUGCCCAGAAUGCCGCCGUCCAGGCCAUCCAUACCCACUCGGGCCUGCUGAAGAGAGCCAUGGACAGUUCUGAGGUUGCAAAUGGAAAAUCAGCACAAUGGCGGUCAGUAGAGGACGCCUUGAAGGAUCGCAGAAAGGCUGUUGAUGAAGCUGCUGAUGCCCUUCUGAAAGCCAAAGAAGAGUUAGAGAAAACAAAAGGCAUCAUUGAGAAUUCCAAGAGAACUGACCUCGAUGGAGCUCAGACUCACAUCACUACUGCAGAAGGAAACCUUCAGAACCUGAUAGUUGAUCUGGAUAAUGUGGUCAAAAAGGUCCAGGCAGCACAGUCGGAAGCCAAAGUAGUCUCUCAGUACCAUGAACUAGUGACCCAGGCCCGUGAUGAGUUUCAGCGAGAAUUGAAUAGCAUCACCCCAGAAGUCCAUCCUGGUUGGAAAGGACUCAAGAUCUCAGAUUUAGCUGGCCAACUGUCAACGGAUGACCUCAACUCCCUGGUUGCCCAUGCCCAUCGCCGCAUUGACCAGCUCAACCGCGAGCUGGCGGAGCAGAAGGCCCGAGAGGAGCAGCACAUCCAGGCAGCCCUGGAGAAGCAGAAGCUGCAGGAAGAAAAGACACUGGAGUCAGCCGUGGCCCAAGCACUGGAGCUGCACCGCACUGAGAUCCAGUCAGAGCAGGACAGAAAGGUUGAAGAAAUCCGAGACACAAUGGAGAUUGAAAUGAGGACCCAGCUCCGCCGCCAGGCCGCUGCCCACACCGACCACCUGAGGGACAUGCUGAGGAUCCAAGAGCAAGAGCUCAAAUACGAAUAUGAGCAGGGUCUGACCGAGAAGCUGGCGGAGCAGGAGCUGCAGUUCAAACGGCUGAGCCAGGAACAGGUGGACAACUUCACUCUGGACAUCAACACCGCCUACGCGCGGCUCCGGGGGAUCGAGCAGGCCGUGCAGAGUCACGCGCUGGCCGAGGAGGAGGCCCGCAAGGCCCACCAGUUGUGGCUGUCCGUAGAGGCCUUGAAGUACAGCCUGAAGACGGCGUCCGGGGACGGGCCGACCGUCCCGCUGGCCACGGCCGUGGAGGCCAUCCGCCACAGCUGCUCCGACAAUGAGUUCGCGCAGGCCCUGACGGCCGCCAUCCCCGCCCAGUCCCUGACGCGCGGCAUCUACAGCGAGGAGACCCUGCGGGCGCGCUUCCAGCACGUGCAGAAGCUGGCGCGGAGGGUGGCCCUGAUCGACGAGACGCGCAACAGCCUGUACCAGUACUUCCUGUCCUACGUGCAGUCGCUGCUCCUCUUCCAGCCGCAGCAGCUCAAGCCGCCGGCCAAGCUGCUGCCCGAAGACCUGAACACGUUCACGCUGCUGUCGUACGCCUCGUACAGCAUCGAGCACGGCGACCUCGAGCUCGCCGCCAAGUUCGUCAACCAGCUGACGGGCGAGUCGCGCCGGGUGGCCCAGGACUGGCUCAACGAGGCUCGCGUCACCCUGGAGACGAAGCAGGUGGUGGACGUGCUGACGGCGUACGCCAGCGCCGUGGGCAUCGGGACCACCCAGGCGCGGCAGUGAGGGCGGCGGCCCCCCUGGUGCCGCCCGCGCCCCCUCCCCGGCUCCCCUCGCUAUCAUGUCAGCCGACUCCGGGCCUCGCCUCUGGCGGCGCUCGGACGGCUCCGGCUUUUACUGAUGGGGCUUCUGAUCUAAUCAAGAUAAUGUUUAUGAUCCCUGAGAUUGAUUUGGCCACUUGGAGCAAAGGAAUAAAACUCGAUGAAAACCA